AGGCAGUGUAUGAGAGAGAGAGAGAGGUGCCCACCGGAAAGAGAGACACAGACACAGUUCCAGUGAGUAGCAGAGGAACAACAAACAACUUUUCGUCUUCCCUCUUUCUGUCUGUCUAUCUGUUUAUCUAUCUGUCUCUCUCUCUGUCUGUCUGAUGAUUAGAGAUAACAUCAGCGCGUCUCCUCAGUGGCUGCUUUAGGUAUUUUUUCCCCCUCGCGCUCUCAGUCGUGCGCGUGCAGCAGCGAGCGCAGGUGAAAGAUGGCGAGGCGCCGGACGGAGUUAAAACUCUUGCUCCUUUUGCUGCUCAAUGUUUGCGCCACCAGUGCGCAGGACCUACCGACGGACGGAGUGAACGGAUUCAGUCUCCAUCCGCCUUAUUUUAAUUUAGCCGAAGGGACAAAAAUCACGGCGACAGCCACCUGUGGAGAAGACGAGCACGGCCGCCCAGUGCAGGACCUCUACUGCAAACUAGUCGGAGGGCCUGUAUCAGGGGAUCCGAGCCAAACCAUCCAGGGCCAGUACUGCGACACAUGUGACACAGCGGACAGUAACCGAGCCCAUCCCAUCACUAACGCUAUUGAUGGAACUGAACGAUGGUGGCAGAGCCCUCCCCUGUCUCGCAGCACUGAGUACAACCAAGUGAACGUCACGCUAGACCUGGGACAGCUCUUCCAUGUGGCUUAUGUCCUCAUCAAGUUUGCUAACUCUCCAAGACCUGACCUGUGGGUCCUGGAGCGCUCCAUCGACUUUGGGAAGACGUACCAACCCUGGCAGUUCUUUGCCUCCUCUAAGAGGGACUGUAUUGAGCGAUUUGGCCAAAGGACCAUCGAGCGCAUCAACCAUGACAAUGAUGUCAUCUGCACAACAGAAUACUCUCGGAUCGUGCCGCUGGAGAAUGGGGAGAUUGUGGUGUCUCUGGUUAACGGGCGUCCUGGAGCCAUGAAUUUUUCCUACUCGCCCGUGCUGAGGGAAUUCACCAAAGCUACCAACAUCCGCCUGCGUUUCCUGCGCACCAACACACUGCUGGGCCACCUGAUGGGCAAAGCACUGAGAGACCCUACUGUCACCCGCCGGUAUUACUAUAGCAUUAAAGACAUCAGCAUCGGAGGGAGGUGUGUGUGCAACGGCCACGCCGAAGCUUGCAACGCUGUUGACCCCAAUGACCCCUACAAGCUUCAGUGUGACUGCCAGCACAACACUUGUGGCCCAUCGUGUGACCGCUGUUGCCCUGGAUUCAACCAGUUACCAUGGAAACCAGCCACCACUUACAGUGCUAAUGAGUGUGAACAGUGUAACUGCCACAGACACUCGUCUGAGUGUUACUAUGACCCCGAGGUAGACCGGAGAAGAGCCAGUCUGAACAUACAGGGCGAGUACCAGGGAGGAGGAGUGUGUAUAGAUUGUCAGCACCACACUACAGGAAGCAACUGUGAGCGCUGUGUACGAGGAUACUACAGGUCACCUGACCACCCUCUGGAGUCACCACUGGCCUGUUCAAAGUGCUUGUGUGAGUCGGAUUUCACAGAUGGCACGUGUGAGGAUCUGACCGGUCGCUGCUACUGUAAGCCCAACUACACUGGAGAAAACUGUAACACUUGUGCAGAGGGAUAUGAGAACUUCCCAGCCUGCUAUGUGGUCACUCCAACCUUCCCUACUAAUUUAAAUGGAGAGGCUCGACCUGCAGGAGAGAUCAUCAACUGUGAGUGUAACGCAGCAGGCACUGAAGGGAAUUCAUGUAAGGCAGACCCAAACACACGGACCUGUGUGUGUAAACCUGGUUUCACAGGACAGCACUGCGACACCUGUGCUCCUGGGUACUACGACCUCAACUGCUAUCGCUGUCAGUGCACAGGCCCAGGUUCCCAGGACGGGUCAUGUGAUGCGGUAACAGGACAAUGUGUGUGUAGAAGUGGCUUUUCUGGCUAUUCAUGCGACCAGUGUGCUUCCGGCUACUUCAACUACCCUCUGUGUCAGCUGUGUGGCUGUAGCACCGUAGGCUCUCUACCAGGCACUUGUGACUCAGCCGGCCGUUGUUUGUGUCGGCCGGAGUUUACAGGCCCUCGCUGUGCUGAGUGCAGCUCUGGCUUCCACUCUUAUCCCAAUUGUGAGGAGUGUACUUGCGACCCAAGGACAUCUCUAGACUCCAACUGCAAUGCGGCAGGGCAGUGCCACUGUAAACCCAACUACAGAGGCCCAAGGUGCGAGUCCUGCGCUCCAGGAUACUACAGUUACCCUACCUGCUCCCCCUGCCAGUGCUCAGAGGAGGGCUCUCGGUUCAGUGUGUGUGAUUUGGUCUCAGGGCAGUGUGUGUGUCUACCCAAUGUGGUGGGUCAGAGGUGUGACUCAUGCAGCUCUGGAUCCUACAACUUUCCCUUGUGCCAAGCUGGUACGUGUAAUCCUGCCGGCUCAGUGGAGAACGAGAUUUUGUCCACGGUGGGCUCCUGUGAGUGCAAACCCAAUGUGGAGGGUGUGGCCUGUGACAGAUGCAAGCCUCUUUACUGGAACUUGUCACCCGAUACUGUGUUUGGGUGUUCAAGCUGUGAGUGUAACACUGCAGGGACGGUGAGUGAAGUGGCAGAGUGUGGUCAGAGUAAUGGACAGUGCUACUGCAAGCCCAACGUGUGCAGUGGAAUGUGUGCGGUGUGUAAGGAUGGCUACUUCAAUCUGGACAGUAACAACUACUUUGGGUGCCAGGGUUGUCAGUGUGAUAUUGGAGGUUCUGUUAUUCCAUCAUGUGAGGAGAGAAACGGCAGAUGUAGAUGCAGACCCAAUGUGGAAGGACCAAAAUGUAACCAUCCACAUCCAGAUCACUAUUUUCCUGAUCUGCACCACCUGAAGUUCGAGGUGGAAGAAGGCACGACGUUGGAAGGGCGGCCAGUGCGUUUUGGCUACAAUCCACUGGAAUUUGAGGGCUUUAGCUGGAGGGGUUAUGCUCAGAUGUCCCCCAUUCAGCCACUGGUGAUGGUGGAGGUGGUGGUUGGCGCUCCAGAUCUCUUCCAUGUGGUUCUGCACUAUGUUAACCGUGGAGGCACAGACAUCUGGGGGCGUGUCUAUGUGAUGGAAGACAGCAGAAAUUUCCUUUGCAGCAACUGUUCUGAACAGUUCAAAAAGAUCGUUUUUGCUCCCAGUUCAGAACCCACGUUUGUAAACAGUUUUGUCGAGCCAUUUGUACUGAACACUGGCACCUGGAGCAUCGUCAUCGAAGCUGAAGGCAUUCUACUGGAUUAUCUUGUGCUGUUGCCAAGUGCGUACUAUGAAGCUCCAAUUCUGCAGCUGAAAGUGACUGAACCCUGUACAUACAGCCCAACACAUGAACCCACUCAGAAUUGUUUGCUGUAUAAGUACCUGUCUCUGGAGGAGUUCUCAUCUCUGUCUGGUAAGGAUGCCAGCUGCAGAGCAGAUAAUCAUUUGCCCAGAUUGUGCUCUGUAGAGAAGAUUACACCUCGGCAUCCCAGCAUGGCUGUCUGCACUGGCAAUGAUAUCAAUGUGCAACUACGUGGUCGAGUACCUUUACCCGGUGAAUACGUUCUGGUAGUCGAGUACGCCAAUGAAGAGAAAACACCUCAGACACUUACUGUGUCCGUGAACACACCCAGAGGACGCAACCGCCAAGUGCGCAUCACACUGCUCCACUGCAAGUACAGUUUCUUGUGUCGUGCAGUGUCUAUAGAUGAAAUGCAUCGCAUGGCUGUCUUCACAUUUACCACAGAAGUCGAUGUGCAGCUCAUUGCAGACCGAAGCAACUUCUUCCUUCACAAAGUGUACCUGAUCCCUCUCGCUCGGUUCACCAUGGAGUACCUGAGACCUGGAGUACACUGCAUCAACACCCAUGGUCACUUUGCUCCUGACAGUGCUUCGUGUGUCCCCUCUCGCUUCCAGACCCCAUCUCAGUCUCUGGUUCUGAAGGAGGGUCAGGCUUCCUUACCUGACAAUGCACGUGGCGACUCUGCUCCCGUAACUGCCCGUGACACGCCCCCAACUGCCAUCGACAACGGCGACCACAUCCGCCUGGACUCUUCCCAGAAUGCGGUAGUCUAUUCAUCACAAGUGCACAGCUUGGGACGCUACGUGUUCAUCCUACACUACCACCAGCCAUUGCACCCAACCUUCACAGUACAGAUUUAUGUAAACGCUGGACGAAUUUGGCAGGGCCAUGCCAAUGCUACGUUCUGUCCCCAUGGCUAUGGUUGCCGUAGCGUUCUGAUCUCCGAGAACCAGAUCAUUCUCGAUGUUACUGACCCUGAGGUCAUCGUGACUGUGCAAGUCCCAGACGGCAAAACACUCUGGCUGGAUUACAUUCUAGUGGUUCCAGAGGUCAGCUACAGCUCCAGUCAUCUGUCUGAAGAGCCACUGGAUAAAUCUUAUGACUUCAUCAGCAACUGCGGACAAAAUAGCUUCUUUAUCCCACAUACAGCAUCUCAGUUCUGCCGGACUUCAGCCAUAUCACUUUCAGCUGAAUUCAAUAACGGUGCUGUACCAUGUGGCUGCCAUGAGGUCGGGUCUGAGAGCGAUACAUGCCAUCCUUUCGGUGGUCAGUGCCCCUGCAGGCCCAACGUGAUUGGCCGAGACUGUUCGAAAUGUGCCACAGGAUACUACGGCUUCCCCAACUGCAGGCCAUGUAAUUGCGGCACACGCUUGUGUGAGCCAGUGACAGGCGAGUGUAUCUGUCCUCCACGUACACUGCUGCCGGAGUGUGUGCAGUGUGAGCCACAGACAUUCGGCUGCCAUCCCCUGGUGGGCUGUGAGAUGUGUAACUGUUCCCGACCCGGCAUCACAGCUCAGGACAUCAGCUGCGACACAAACAGCGGCCAGUGCAGUUGCAAGCCAAACGUCGUGGGCCGGCAGUGUGACCACUGUGCUCCUGGAUUCUAUGGAUAUCCCAACUGCAGGCCAUGUGACUGCAAUGAAGCUGGAACUGAGAAGAAUGUCUGCGACUCCACCACAGGACAAUGUCUAUGCAAGGAAAACGUGGUGGGCUCACGAUGUGAGCAGUGUGCACUGGGGACUUUCCAUCUCGACCCCACAAACCCUAAAGGAUGCACCAAAUGCUUCUGCUUCGGCGCCACUGACCGCUGUCGCAGCUCAGACAAGCGGAGAGAUGAGAUUAUGCUCAUGCAGGGCUGGGUGUUGCUCAGAGGAGACAGACAGGAGGUGCCCGUGUCCGUGUUGGUGGAUCAGGAUCUGGUGGAAGCUGACCUUAGUGACGUCCCCGAUGUCUAUCAGGAUUUUCACUGGCAUGCACCACAAGCUUAUCUGGGUGACAAGGUGUCAUCUUAUGGAGGUUAUUUGCGCUAUCAGUUACACACACAGGCGAUGAGAGGAGAUGCUCUGACUUUGCCUUCUGAAGCCUCUCGACCUGACGUCAUUCUCAAGGGUAACCAGAUGACCCUGGUCUAUAUGGAGAGAGAGUAUUCUUCUCCUGAGGAGCCGCAUGAAGGAGUUGUCCAUCUAGUGGAGGGAAGUUUCCGUCACGCUCAGACAGGGAACUCUGUGUCUCGGGAGGAGUUGAUGAUGGUGCUGGUGGCUCUGGAGUCUCUGCAGAUCCGAGCUCUCCACUCCCAGUCGGCUCAGUCCGUCUCUCUGCGUGCUGCCACACUGGAGGGUGCUGAGCAUCUGCCGACCAGACGCCAUGCCAACAACGUGGAGCUGUGCAUGUGUCCGGCGAGCUACCAGGGAGACUCGUGUCAGCGAUGUGCUCCAGGCUACUAUAGAGACACAAAGGGGCUAUUCUUGGGCAAGUGUGUUCCUUGCCACUGCAAUGGCCACUCUGAUCAAUGCCUUGAUGGAUCUGGUAUAUGUCAGAACUGUCGUCACAACAUGGCUGGAGACCACUGUGAGAAGUGUCUUGGUGGAUUUCACAGCAACACCACUGUGGAUGGCCAUGCUGUAGCCUGCAGCAGCUGCCCAUGUCCACUGCAGGUGGUGUCCAACAAUUUUGCUACCGGUUGUGUCGAGAAAGCCAAUAACAUGCAGUGUCUGUGCAUGCCUGGCUACGCUGGGCCCAAGUGUGAGAGGUGUGCUCCCGGUUACUAUGGAAACCCCAUGGUGAUUGGCAGCACUUGCCAGCCAUGCAAAUGCAACGACAACCUGGACCCAAACAUGCUGUUCAACGACUGCCACCCGGUCACCGGAGAGUGCCACGGCUGCAUGUAUAACACAGCUGGACCCCACUGUGAGAUCUGCGCUCCGGGUUUCUACGGUGACGCCAUCGCUGCCAAAAACUGCACCAAAUGCAACUGUUCUCCUUGUGGAAUGGCCUCGUGUGACCCUCACACUGGUCAGUGUCACUGUAAACCAGGCGUUACUGGCAUCCACUGUGAUCGCUGUGAGCAUGGCACGUUCGGCUUUGAGUCUUGUACUGGUUGUCAAGCGUGUGAUUGUGAGGCAGCGGCAGCCCUGGUCAUGCCAUGUGACCCAGUCAGUGGCUCGUGUGCAUGUCGCCCGGGUGUGAACGGACCCAGCUGCCGCCAGUGUGCUCCUGGAUACUGGGACUACGGUCCUAAUGGCUGCAAGAAGUGUGAUUGUAACGGAGGUCGCUGUGAUCCACGCACCGGGGAGUGCCGCUGUCCGAACACUCUGACAGGCAGACAGUGUGAUCGCUGCACCAAUGAGCACAGUAUGAUAGUCACUAAUGGAGCAGAUGUCCACUGUGAACCAUGUGAUAGCUGUGUGACAGUGCUACUGCAGGAUCUAGACACAGUGAACAACUACUUCCAGUCUGCGGAUCAACAACUGAAGAACAUCAAUGCCAGCGCCCUCGCCUGGUCACAGCUCCGCAACCUUAAUGAGUCUGUGAAGAAUUUGGUUAAUUACACAGAAUACUACAACAGUACCCUGGAUGACAGCAGGGAGCAGGCAGAUUUGCUCGAGCGAGAGCUGCAGACCACUGACGCUGACAUCUCUGAGCUUCAGGAGAAGGUCGCAAUAUCAGUCAAUAAAGCAGAGGAGCUGAAGAACAACACCAAAGCUACAUACGAUAGGGCUCAGAGCCUACUGGACUUCAUCAAUGGCAGCAUGAGAGACAUAAGAGCCAUUUCGGGUCUGGUGGAAAGAGCAGCUCAGAACGACUCUCAGGAAGUAGAUGAGAACAAUUUGUCACAGAAGCUGGCUGAGGUGGCGGCCAUGUUGAGGGACAUGCGCUUCCAAAGCACCCACCACCAAAGGAAUUUAGCACAGAACGAGCUCACCGAAGCCAAAAAAUUGCUGGAGCGUGUGAAGGGAGAGAUGGCUGACAGAAAUGCUGCAAACCAAGAUACACUGACGUCUAUCAAGGAAAAGCUGGAUCAGUUUAACAAUGAGCUCAUGCAGCUUAGAGACUCCCUUAAUGAUGCAGUGAAGAACAUAGCAAAGGCCUCUGAAAACAACAGCAUCAAUCAGAAAAAGCUGGAAGAGUACAAGCAAAAAGUGAAUGCUCUGAAGUCAAAGUGGAAGGAGGUGGAGGAUAUGGUCCAGAUGGCAGAAGAUGAUGUGGCUCAGGUCAAUGACAUGUUAUCUAUGCUGCAGGAUGCCAAAGAGGAUUAUGAGCGCCUGUCUGCUCAGCUGGAUGGAGCAAAGCAGCCUCUCACUUACAAAGUGCAGAAUUUCACUUUCUCCAGCUCGAAAAGUCCUCUUGUAGAGGCAGCUGAGAAACACGCUGAGCUUCUCAAUCAGCUUGCCAAGAACCUCUCAAGCGUCAUUUCCAACACUAACCAGGACAGCUUUAUCCAGAGAGCUCUGAACGCAUCACACACUUACACCAACAUUAUUGAGAGCAUACAGGAAGCUGAGACUUUAGCCAGAGAAGCUAAUGCAAAGGCCAUGGAGAAUAUCAAAGGCUUGGAUCUUUCCCAGCAGGCCAGUGAGCUUAAGAAUAAGAGUGAGGCACUGCAUGAGGAGACAUCAGGCCUGCUCCAGGAGCUGAAUAAAGAAGUGAAGCCUCGGGUGGUGGACAUAAAGAAGCGGCUGCAGGACGCAGAAGUGAAAAAGGAUGAGCUGCUGAAGGAUCUGGCAGUUGUGCAGAAUUCCCUUAACUUUACCCAAGAGAACACAACAGAGGAGAUUCUGGCAGCAAAAAAAGCAGCAGAGAUGGCUAACAGCACUGUGGCGAAUGUUCUGGAGAAGCUGGCUCCCAUAAAACAACAGCUGGAGGAGUGGCAACGAACAUACGGAUCAGCCAACAUUAGUAAUGAUGACUUCAAAGAUGCACUCAGCCAGGCCAAUAGCUCAGUGGGAGCACUCAGUGAGACCAUUCCAAGGUUGAUGAAGAAGCUGGAUCGCUUGCAGAAUCACUCCAUCCAGAUGUCCAACAUUUCGGAGAACAUCCUGAGAAUCCGUGAGCUCAUCGCCGAGGCCCGUAAGGCCGCUAGCAAGGUUGGUGUGUCAAUGAAGUUUAAUGGGAAAUCAGCAGUACAGGUGAGGACUCCCAGUAAUCUGGCUGACCUGGCUGCCUACACCUCCCUCAAGUUCCACAUCACUCUCCCACAAGCUACACGCAAACGGCGUCAAGAUGCCAACAGCCAGUUUGUCUUCUACCUGGGCAACAAGAAUUCCAGUAAAGAGUUCAUGGGGAUGAUCCUGUCUGGCACCCGACUACACUGGUUUUUUAAUCUUGGGGAUAAGACUGCACAGGGGGUGAUGGAAGAAGACGUUCGCUCAGAUGGCCAAUUCAACAGCCUGUUUCUGGAGAGGAUAUUGCAGUAUGGUCUGAUGGCGAUGACUGUAGGAGGGGGGCGAUCAAGUAAGCUGAUUGUGGAGGCAGAAGGAGAUCUUGGCCUUCUAACCCUCCCUGCUGAGGAAACGGUCUUCUACGUUGGAGGGUAUCCCAGUAACUUUGUGCCCCCUUCCCAGAUGCAGCUGCCUCAUUUCAAGGGCUGCUUGGAGCUUGAGAGUCUGAAUGAGGAGGUGAUAAGCCUGUAUAAUUUUGAGCAAAUCUUUCAGCUUAACACCACUGAAGACAGUCCCUGCCCACGACCUAAGCCACAAGUAACCCUGCAGUGGAUAGACGACGCAUCCUACUUUGAUGGCACAGGUUAUGCUGAAAUCACUCCUAAGCCUGCAUGCUCAAAAGCUCGCUUUGAACUGGAAGUCAAACUCGUCUCACAGAACGGAAUUCUGCUCCUGCUUCGUAACGAGACCAAGUUUGCGUGUGUGGCAGUGCUCGGAGGCCGUGUGAAGCUCUUCUACAACUUCAAUGGGACGUUUGUGGAGGAGGAGUACAAAGGCACAGAACCCGAAUUGCUGUUUGUCAGUGACACUACCCCCAAAUUAGUGGAGGUCAUUAUUCCUGUGAGGGGAUCACCACCUGAACCUUAUACACUGCUAGUGAGAAGACAAAGAAAACAACUGUACCAGGUCGACUCCUCAGACAUCCCCUGUUUCACAGGAAGCUACUCCCUGGGUGGUGUUCCUGAUGACCAAAUGCCUGAGAGGCUGAAGAGUCUGUUCCCGAAGCAGGGUUCUGUUAAGGGCUGUUUCAGGAACAUUAAAGCCAUGGGCAGUUUCAUAGACCUGAAAAGCAUGAAGACUUCAGGUGUCAGCUACGGUUGUCCUGAUGACUUACUGGUGGCUCGGGAAGCCCAUUUUAAAGGGCAGAAUUAUCUGGACCUCAAGCUGGACAACCUGCCAGACCUCACAAACAACUUUUAUGCUGGUGUUGGCUUCAGAACAGAGCAGAAGAACGGACUGUUACUCCACCACCAGGCUCAGAGUGGGGUGUGUCAGGUACAACUGGACAAUGGCCAUGUGGUGGUGAGGGCUGGCAAUAAAGAGGUUCGAACUCAGAAGACUUACAACGAUGAGAUGAGUCACUAUGUGGCUUUCUAUAGCAACAUAAAUGGACUUCGUGUGUAUAUGGAUGACAUGCUGGAACUCAGCCCUAACACCAACGUCGAAACUCCCAGCACACUUCAAAUCGGGGAAGUCUAUCUUGGUGGCACACCUGUGUCCAAUAAUAUCGUCAACCUCACUGGCUGUCUCAGAAAUAUUUUUAUAAAAAGGACAACAGCAUCUCAAAUGGUGGUGGACUUGCUACUAGCCAGUGAGAAUGUUGAUGUUGCACUGGAGUGUCCUGCUGCUAAGAAAUUACGGCUGAUGCUGGCCUCACCUUCACGCCUUAAAACCACCAGGGCUCAGGGAGCACCAAAAAGCCGCAGUGCCCGAGGUUCCUGCCAGGGGGAGUUGUCUGUCCGAGAGCAAAAUGCCAACCACUUCAGUGGAUCUGCCCACAGCUACAUGCGCUUUGAUUCAGUUCCUCCAGCCUUCCUCAAGACGCCUAACGUGGCAAUGGCCGUCCGUGUGAACUCAUCCAGUGGCCUCAUCUUCUAUGCAGCAGCUGAGAGAGGAAGGGCGGCAUUAACGCUCUCUGUGUCCGAGGGCCACCUGAUAUUGCUGCUUAAAGGAGCCAAGAGGAAAUCCAGCAUUGUGACCAGUGCCAAGUAUAAUGACAACCAGUGGCACACGGUGUUUCUGAGGAUUGAGAAAGAAAAGGCCAGUCUGAUAGUAAAUGGCAUUAAUGUGCAGAGCAAGAAGGUGUCUUUCUCUGGAGAGAAAAAUGCACUGAGUGGUCCAAUUUACAUCGGUGGCCUGCCUUCUGACCACAAAGCAGUGGAGGUGGGAUUUGUAGGCUGUAUUAGAGAUCUGAAGGUGAGCGAGGUGCUGCUAAGCCCCGCCUACAGUGUGGGGGUGGUGCCAUGUUACCAAGAGCCCCUUCAACCAGGUGUCUAUUUCUCCAGCCAAGGAGGACAUAUUGCCAUUGAUGAGUCACUAGCUCUGGGUCGCGAUCUGGAGCUGGAACUGGAAGUUCGGCCUGUAGCAGAUUCCGGCCUUCUGCUCCAUGCUGGAGUCAGGAAGCAUCAGCAGCUCAGCGUCUACCUCAACCAGGGAGAGGUGUUUGUGUUAGUGAACAGUGAGAGUGGAGAGUUUACGGUUUCCCUCAAACCAGAGGAUUCACUGUGUGAUGGAAACUGGCACAGUAUAUUUAUUGAGAAGAAGAGAAACGUGAUCCAGAUACGUGUGGAUUCCACGAGUGAACAUGGUGUCCGCCCCAAACAUAGCAGAGCUAAUGGAGCCAAUGUACCAGUCUAUCUGGGCAAUGUGCCAGAUGCAGUGGAAGCUCCCGCUCUUCCUUCAUCUCUUCCUGCGUACCACGGCUGUAUAAGGAAAGCUGUGGUGAACGGCCGAGCUGCCAUGCUCUCCAAACCUCAGACCAUUUCAGGAGCUGUGGCCACUCAGGGAUGCCCUGCCAUGUAGCCCACAAUCCCCACCUUCAAAUCCAAAAUACCUAAAUGAUCAAAUCAGCAGGUGGUGGGUUUUACCUAUGUGAUAGCUAACUUCAAGAUAUUUAUAUUCUUUUGUUAAACAAACAUCUGUAUGUCCAAGAGGUCUGCACCAGAUGUGAUGCCUCUGUGAGUGCUUCUAAUAAAAGUACCAGUACUGUA